AUGCGUACUCGUUCCCACCCUGUUUCACCUGGUGGGCUCGUCUCGCUCGACGACGUCCCCGCACCUCCCCGCCGCCGCAACACGCGCAGCGUAUCUGCCCAGCCGCAGGAUGCGGCGGAGCCGGGCUCGGGUGCGGUCGAGGCUAUAAAGCCGAAGCCAACUCCGAAGACCCGGAAAAGUCGUUCCAAGAGUACCCGUGGCAAGAAGCCCACCCGCAAUCCCACCAAAUCUACCGAGCCAGAGCAGAAGGACUCAGCCGGCAUCGCCGCCGAGCAAGUCGGCCAGGACAACAUCGAAAUGGUUGGCUCCCCCCAGAUUAUAAUUGAUGACGAGCCCCCUUCACCCCCAUCAGUUCAGCUGAUGCAUGAACUUGACCUUCAUGUACAAGCUUUGGAGAAAGCACCCCCUGCUGGAACUCCCAUUGCUUACAAUGGAGAGGCUGCAAUGGAGCUUGACCACCCCGACGACCUUAUUAUGCAGGACGUUGAAGAUGUCUCCCCCCUUGGAUCGGAACAACUCGUCAUUCUUUACGCAACAAUUGCUGAUCAACUUGUCACUGAGCAGAAGCCCCCACCACUCCGUCUUCGCCUCCGUCGAGACGGGCGAUGCUGA